GAGAAUAUAUUGAUGAGCAAGGCCACUGCCAUAUCUGUGAAGCCUCAUGUGCCAGUUGCUGGGGACCAACUCAAGAAGACUGUACCAGCUGCCCCAUAACAAGGGUUUUUGAUGAUGGCCGAUGUGUUUUGAACUGUCCCUCCUGGAAGUUUGAACUUAAGAAGCAAUGUCACCUGUGCCACCACACUUGCCAAGAAUGCCAAGGAAGCGGUCCUUCUAACUGCACUUCCUGCAGGGCAGACAAGCACGGUCGGGGACGCUUCCUAUACCAAGGGGAAUGUCGGGAGAGCUGCCCUGUGGGCCAUUAUCCUGCCAAGGGACAUGCCUGCCUGCCCUGCCCAGACAACUGUGAACUUUGCUACAACCCACACGUCUGCAGUAGAUGCAUGAGUGGCUACUUCAUCGUGCCCACCAACCACACAUGUCAGAAGCUGGAGUGCGGACAAGGUGAAUUCCAGGAUUCUGAAUAUGAAGAAUGCAUGCCUUGUGAGGAAGGAUGCCUGGGGUGCACUGUGGAUGAUCCAGGAGUCUGUACCUCAUGCGCUGCAGGAUAUUACAUGUUUGAGAGGCAUUGUUAUAAAGCCUGCCCUGAGAAGACCUUCAGUACACAAUGGGAAUGCAGAGCCUGUGGCACUAACUGUGGCAACUGUGACCAGCAUGAGUGCUAUUGGUGUGAGGAGGGCUUCUUUCUCUCGGGUGGCAGCUGUGUGCAGGAUUGUGGCCCUGGCUUCUAUGGAAACCAAGAAUUGGGAGAGUGUAAGCCCUGUCAUCGAGCCUGUGAGACUUGCACCGGUUUGGGUUACAACCAAUGCAGCAGCUGUCAGAAAGGGUUGCAGCUGUGGCAUGGGGCAUGUAUCUGGCCCACCUGGCCCCGAGGAGGGGAAGGCAAGUUCUGGAAUGAAGCUGUGCCCACUGAAAACCCAUCUUUGGUGAAGAACCUGCUGCAGAAACAACGAAAGUGGAAAAUUCAAAUCAAAAGAGAUGCAACAAAGCAAGAUCAACCUUGCCACUCUUCUUGUAAGAGCUGCAAUGGAUCUGCAAUUCUCUGCACUUCGUGUCCAACAGGUACAUACCUAUGGCUGCACACCUGUGUUUCUUCCUGUCCCCAAGGCACUUGGCUCUCAGUCAGGAGUGGCAGCUGUGAGAACUGUAUGGAGGACUGUGCCUCUUGCUCUGGAGCCGACCUUUGCCAAAGGUGCCAAAGUCAGCCGGACAACCCUCUGCUCCUCCAUGAGGGCAGGUGCUACCAUCAAUGCCCAGAGGGCUUCUAUGCAAAAGAUGGUGUUUGUGAACACUGUAGCUCCCCUUGCAGAACAUGUGAAGGCAAUGCUACCAACUGUCACUCUUGUGAAGGAGACUUCGUGCUAGACCAUGGGGUGUGCUGGGAAACUUGCCCUGAAAAGCAUGUGGCUGUGGAAGGAGUCUGUAAGCACUGUCCAGAAAUGUGCCAGGACUGCAUCCAUGAGAAAACUUGCAAAGAGUGUAUGCCUAAUUUCUUCCUAUACGAUGACACAUGCUAUGAGUCCUGUCCCAAGCACUUCUAUCCCGACUUGCACCAGUGUGUCCCCUGCCAUGAAAAUUGUUUGGAGUGCAAAGGCCCCAAGGAGGAUGACUGUAAGGCCUGUGCUGAUACUUCCAAGGUUCUCUACAAAGGGCUGUGUUUGGAUAUGUGCCCUGAGGGAACGUACAAAGAUGAGGCAGAUGAUGAAUGUAAAGAUUGCUUCGAGUUCUGCCGGAGCUGCUCAUCAGCUUGGACCUGCCUGGCCUGUCAGGAAGGCCUGACAAUAGUGAAUGAGGUCUGCAAGGCACCCAAGGAGUGUGCGGCUGUCGAGUACUGGGAUGAGGGCACUCACAGGUGCCAGCCGUGUCACAGGAAGUGUUCCCGCUGCUCAGGGCCUGCCGAGGACCAGUGCUAUACCUGCCCCGGAGAGACACUUCUUCUCAACACGACGUGUGUGAAAAGCUGCCCAGAAGGCUACCACACUGACAAGGACAGCCACCGCUGUGUGCCCUGCCACAGCUCUUGCAGGACCUGUGAAGGAUCUCACAGCAUGCAGUGCCACUCCUGCCGACCUGGCUGGUUCCAACUGGGCAAAGAGUGCUUGCUGCAGUGCAGGGACGGAUAUUAUGGAGAAAGCGGUCGCUGUGAGAAGUGUGACAAGAGCUGCAAGGCAUGCCGGGGCCCACGGCCCACAGACUGCCAGUCCUGCGAUAAAUUUUUCUUUCUCCUGCGCUCCAAGGGACAGUGUCACCGCACCUGUCCAGAACACUACUUUGCAGACCAACACGCACAGACCUGUGAGAGGUGCCACCCAACUUGUGACAAAUGUGAUGGAAAGGAGGCAUGGAAUUGCUUGUCCUGUGUGUGGAGCUACCACCUUCAGAGAGGAAUUUGUGCCCCGGAAUGUCUUGUAGGGGAAUACAGAGAUAGAGAGGGAGAAAAGUUUAACUGUAAAAAAUGCCACGAGAGUUGCGUGGAGUGCAAGGGACCCGGAGCCAAGAACUGCACCGUGUGCCCAGAUGGCCUGCUACUACACAUGGAUGAGGGUCGCUGCCUCCACUGCUGCAACGCUUCCCACCCCCAGAGAUCCCAGGACUGCUGUGACUGCCAGAGUACCACAGAGGAGUGCAUCCUUCCAGUCAGCGAGACCGUGCCCUCGGAGCGCACCAAGACCGCCCUGCUGGUGACCUCGGGUGCCAUGCUGCUGCUGCUGCUGGGGGCCGCUGUGGUGGUGUGGCGGAAGUCUCGAAGCCGACCUGUGGCAAAGGGGCGCUACGAAAAGUUGGCGGAACCCACCGUGUCAUACUCCUCCUACAGGAGCAGCUAUCUUGAGGAGGACCAGGUGAUCGAGUACAGGGACCGAGACUAUGAUGAAGAUGAUGAGGAUGACAUCGUCUACAUGAGCCAAGAUGGCACUGUCUACCGGAAGUUCAAGUACGGGCUGCUGGAGGAGGCAGAAGAUGAUGAGUUGGAGUACGAUGAUGAGAGCUACUCCUUCCAGUAA